AUGAUCCAAUCACCCGCCAUCGCUCUCAUGUCUGCUCUCCACGCUGGAUUGUCAGUCGCCCAGCAAUAUCCGUUACCUGUAACCUAUGAUACCGUCAUCAAAUCGCCCGUCGACCCUAGCAUCACCAUAUCCUAUAAAACGCCCGACGCCCAUUCGUGUGCAACGGCUCUCGAGGCGCAGAAGCAGUAUACCGGAUAUGUCAAUCUUCCUCCGUUUACGCUUGAGCCAUUCCAGCAGGAUUACUCAAUCAACACCUUCUUCUGGUUCUUCGAGGCACGUGAGAACCCCGAAACUGCUCCAUUGACGAUCUGGUUGAACGGAGGACCUGGCGGUUCAAGCAUGUUCGGGCUUUUCGGAGAGAUGGGACCUUGCGAGAUUGUAGAAGGUCCAGACGGCAGCUACACCACGCAGACCAGGGUUUGGGGAUGGGACCGCAGUUCCAACGUAAUCUUCAUCGACCAACCUACCCAAGUCGGCUUCUCAUACGAUGAGCUCCGCAACGCUUCGGUGGACUUUAGUAUACCUGAUUAUACUGGUCGGGACGAGCUCAUGGAACCUUCCCCACUUCCUGCUGACGUUCCUGAAUGGCGCUUUAAGAACGGCACUUUCCCUUCUGCUAUUCGAGCCAAUACAGAAAACCUGACUACUGUUGCCGCACAAGCAUCGUGGCACUUCCUCCAAGGGUUCCUAUCGGCGUUCCCUCAGUACAACCCUGGCGCUCGAUCCCACAGCGAUACUGUCGAGCCCUGUCAUGUCAACCUGUUCAGCGAGAGCUACGGUGGUACUUACGGUCCACUUUUCGCCGACUAUUAUGAGAGCCAGAAUGAUCGUCGGGAAAAGGGUGAGAUUUCAUCCGAAGCGCUCGACAUUCGGCUUGGGUCACUCGGCAUCGUCAACGGCGCAAUGGAUGUUUACGGGUCGGCACUUUUUGGCCUGGAGUUCAUGUACAACAAUACCUAUGGCAUCGAAGGCAUUGACCUCACUACCUAUCAAAACUUGGUGUCGGAACUCCACGUAGACAUGGGCUGCCAAGAUCUGGUGACACAGUGCGGAGCGUUGGCAGCCCUCAACGACCCCGAAGGUCUUGGUACCGACCAAGACGUUAACGAUCUAUGCUACAAUGCCAUCUAUAACUGCACAGCGGUUUCUAGUGUUGCCUACACCACUGGUAGGAGUGUCUACGACUUCCGAGCUGGUCCAACGGUCGGGCCUGCUGUUCCACUCGCAGAGUAUUUGAACGAAGAGGGUUUCCUACAAUCCAUUGGCGCACCGGUCAACUUCACCUCCACUAGCUAUACCGUUGCGAAUGUUUUCCAAUACAAUGGAGAUGUAGCCCGCGGAGGGCAAAUCGCCGCUUUAGCGGAUCUGCUUGCUCGUGGUAUCAAAGUCGCUCUCAUCUACGGUGACGCUGAUGUCAUAUGCAACUGGUAUGGAGGACAAAACUAUUCUCUCGAGAUUGCUGGUCUCGUUCCAGAAUACAAGACGGCUUUUCCGGAGGCUGGGUAUGCGGACAUUGUUGUGAACGAUUCCUACAUUGGCGGAGCAGUCCGUCAAUAUGGCAACCUCUCGUUCUCUCGGAUUUAUGAUGCCGGCCACCAAGUACCGUAUUACCAGCCAGAGACCGCCUUCACUGUUUUCACUCGCGUCAUCCAAGGCGAUGACAUCAGUAUGGGUCGCAAUGUCGAUCUGUCUAGCUUUGGUACCGAAGGCCCUAGCACUUCUGAUCACAAAAACGACGCGGGAACCUCUCCGGCACCGAUUUGCUGGAUUCGGGAGGCAUAUCUCAGCUGCACUGAGGAAGAAAAUGCUGGUAUCACUGCAGGAAAUGGCACAGUGAAGGCUGGAAUAUGGUAUCCAUCGGAGGAAGACAUACCAACUAGCGCGUCGCAGGGUGUACCCAAGUCGCGGCCCACUUCGACAACCUCAGUGGCUCUGACAGGUGUGUAUAGCGCUACCAGCACCCCGAUGGUCAAGCAGACCUCCGGAGCAUCGUCGCUUAGGCUGAACCUUCCAUUUCGCCUUUCGCGACGCGACAUCCAUGCGGACCUAUUGUUGGCGGAAGAUGAAGCUUACAGCGGUGGGCGCAACGUAAGGAAUGGUCUCAUUGGAGGUCUUGCUGCGGCUAUCGCUCUGCUGUUACGCCGCGAGGUCUACAAAGGGCCCUUUCUGGACGACGGCGAAAGAGGCCCAAUCGUUGUCAAGCAGAUGAUCGAUGACGGACCAGCGCCAACGUACUCUGGUCGGCCAAUAGCACGUCUGGAUCCAAUACCAGAGGCAAGCCCAAGACCCAGCGACGACUUGAGAGAUAGAACAGCCAUCGCGUCAGGCCAGCCAGUAUUUAUGUCAAAUAUGGAAGAGGACCCUUUCGUUUCACCUGUCCAGCGAUCGACCCCCUUACUGCAAGAUGCAGGGCCGUCAACACGUGCACCAAGCAGAUGGCCUACAGGGACCGUUGCAGCGCCCAUGCCUCCUCCUGAGCCAGAAGUUGUCGCACCUCUUGAACUGGCGAUGUCCAUGCCGCCUACACCACCAAAGCCCUUGCCAACCACAACAGCGCCGAUAAAAACGCCCUCGCCUACUCCAGCACAACCAGUACCGCCUUCACUUGAGUCAACACCCUCUCGAGGCCCGGUACCUACGUUAGUACAACAUACAACUACGUCUCCCCCUUCCUCGCCACUUCGUACUCCGAUAAGCGUCCCGCCAUCACCUGGUCCGGAACCAAACAUAGAAACCUUGCUAGCUCCUCCGCAGCCGUCACUCUACACACGUCUCAAGUCUAUGUUUAUAGCUGUACCAGGGGGUCAGGAAGCCGCCGUCCAGACUGACGGUUCUGUUGAUCGACGAGUGCUGUUGCCGCGCGUUGUCGAAAGAUUGCCUUCUUCCAAACGUGCACCGAGAGCUGCAAUACCAACGUGGUCCACUGAGGUCUGGUUAUGA